GGUACAUAUAUAAAAGCACGCUCUUCCAGUCCGAGGAGCUCUACCUGUCACUGUCUGCUGCUACACGAUGCUGGGAGGCUUGGGGAAGCUGGCGGCUGAGGGCCUGGCCCACCGCACUGAGAAAGCUACUGAGGGAGCAGUUCAUGCAGUGGAGGAGGUGGUGAGCGAGGUGGUGGGCCACGCCAAGGAGGUUGGAGAGAAGGCCCUUACCGAUGCCCUAAAGAAAGCCCAAGAAUCAGGGGACAGGGUGGUGAAGGAGGUCACUGAGAAGGUCACUCACACCAUCACUGAUGCCGUUACCCACGCUGCAGAAGGCCUGGGCAAACUGGGACAGUGAAUCUGCCUACCAGCAAGGCUGGCCCUUCCCUCAGGUCAAUAAAAAGUAUGGAAUGCAAAUAG